AUGUUCUAUAAUAAACGCGUUAGUAAUAGAUUUAUCUUCGCUACAAUGGCGUAUACAAUUCCUUUGUUAGCGGCGAUUGCUUGUUUAUAUGUGGCGAAUGUGGAUUGUUUCACCAAUGUUUACCCGAAACUUAGGGGUAUUAAAAGGGAGUAUAGGGAUGCAGGGGAGCCUUUGUUUUUGACGCCUCUAAUCGAAGCUAACAAAACCGAAGAAGCCAGAGAAGCCUCCGCGGUGCCGUCGGAUGUCUUCCUAGGCGUAAAGAGCCAUUCUGGUUUCUUUACGGUAGAUAAAACGUUCAAUUCGAACAUGUUUUUCUGGUUUUUCCCCGCAGACCACGACUACGAAAACGCUCCGGUGCUACUAUGGCUUCAAGGCGGACCAGGAGCGACGUCUUUAGCGGGUUUAUUCGAGGAAAACGGACCGUUCGCAUUGACAAAAUCGUACAAUCUGAAACGCAACGAAUUCUCCUGGACGCUGAACCACUCCGUAAUAUACAUAGACAAUCCGGUACAAACCGGAUACAGUUUCACCGAAGGCGGAUUCGCCAGGAACCAAACGAAAGUAGGCCAGGAUCUCUACGAGGCGCUGCGGCAAUUCUUCCUGGUAUUCCCCGAAUUGCGCCGCAACGAGUUCUACGCCACCGGCGAGUCUUACGCGGGUAAAUACGUGCCGGCCGUUUCGUACGCGAUUCUAAAGAACAACCCCCGGGCCGAUGCGAAGAUUAAUUUGAAAGGCAUGGCGAUCGGAAACGGCUUGUGCGAUCCCGUCCAUCAAUUAAACUACGGCGGAUAUUUGUACGAAAUCGGAUUGAUCGAUAAACAUGGAAGGACGCAAUUCGCUGAAUACGAAAGAAAAGGCAUAAAUUACAUCAAAAAGAAGGAGUUCCUUAAAGCGUUCGAAAUCUUCGACGACCUAUUGAACGGAGAUUUAAACGACGGGAAGACCUUGUUCAAGAACCUCACAGGCUUCGACUAUUACUUUGAUUAUUUGUACACAAACAGUCCGAAUGAAUUGCAGAUAGAUUUUUCUAGAUUUGUACAGCGAGAGGACAUUCGCAAAGCCAUCCACGUGGGAUCGUUGACUUUCAACGAUGGAAACGCGGUCGAGGAGAACCUGAAGGAAGACGUGAUGGAUUCGGUGGCUCCGUGGAUAUCGGUGUUAUUGAGCAACAUCCGAGUGAUGUUCUAUAACGGUCAAAUGGACAUCAUCGUGCCUUAUCCGUUGACGGUGAAUUUCUUGAAUAAUUUACCCUUCAGCGGUUCAGAUGAAUAUAAAAUCGCACCUAGGCGCAUAUGGCGUUAUCGGGACGAUAUACCGGGUUAUGUAAAGCAAGCUGGUAAUUUAACGGAAGUUUUGGUGAGAAAUGCUGGGCAUAUGGUACCGAGUUUCCAGCCCGAAUGGGCUCUCGAUUUGAUCACCAAAUUCACUAGAAAUCAACCAUUGCAUAGAGAAUAA